AUGUUUUUCAGCACCGGUCUGCCGCGCUGCUUUGCGUCUCUCGCGGUGGCUUCGGCCUCCAGGUUUAUGCAGGCGCACCUAACGACGGAGACGGAGCUUCACCCAGGCGAUAGGCCGGCACUAUGGAUCGAUGACACAGCACCUGCAACUAAGACGCUCAAGGAGCACGUUCAGAGUGCGGCGUACAAGGAGCUGCACCGCCCAGCUCUGACCACAUCUGCAAUGGGGCUCUUCGGUGGAGAGCCUGGCUUUGAAAAGGCGCACCGCGUGUGGGUGGACCCGGACCGGCCGCACAUGAAACACGUGUACAAUCAAACUCCACUGGCAAAGAACUUGCGCUACACACGGUACGGCUACUUCAAGAGAGACAUGCAUCUGCUGGAUAUUGAUAAGCUGGUGCGACAUGCGCGCCUGCUGCCGACACCGAACCGGCUACUGACUGACUUCCUCUACCAGCGUGUGCCGCUGCCGGACAAGAGCUGCGCGGCAAUUCUUCGGUAUCAGCGGGACCAGCUGACCCUGGUGGCAGACUGGCAACGCGUGGCGAGCUUCCAGUGUGCGGAAGAGAUCUUCGAGCGGAUGGUAGUGACGAAUAUUCCGCCGGUCGACGUCGGGCCCGAGACGCACGCGGAGAUGAUCCGCUGCUGCGCCGUGUGCGGGGAGUGGGAAAAGGGUUGGAAUGUGUACCUGCAGCGUGCGCGAGAGAUGGAGGUGGCUGCUGCAGGUGACACAGCCGACGCCUUCACGCUCACCACUUAUCUAUACGACGCGGUCUUGGAGUUGUGCGUGGCAUGCCAGAAGCCGUCGCACGGCAUGGCUAUCCUAGCGGAGGUCAUUCAGCGGCAUCUGCGGCCGCGUCCCUCAAUGUUGUCCAAGACAAUGACGCUGGUCUCGAUGGCUGCUGAGGAGCUGCAGAGGACUUUCCCCACCUCGAGUGCGUUUGCAUCUGGCGAGACAGCGGAGGCGGAGUCAAAUUCAUCGAGUGCAUCACCGGAGGCUUUGAGUGAAGUGAGCGAAGUGCCGGCUACAUGGGAAGCCUACACAGCUCACGGCUUGGACACGUGGUCGCUCUAUGACUUCUACUCGCUGAAGCGCAGCAGCGAAUGCGUGGAGGCCUACAUGCGCAUGUGCAGCAUGCUAAACAUGCCAACCCUCGUUCUCGAGGCGCUCAGCUUUGCUGACGGAGCACAAAUUCGUGUCUCGCUGGAGUGCUAUCAGUGGGCGCUCUACUCCAUCCGCCACGUCCCUGGAAUGGGGGACUACAUCAUCGAUGUAUUUGCCCAGUUGUCGCAGCGUGGCCUAACGGCGGACUACCUCCUCUUCACGACAGCGUUUCUUGUGUGUGCCAAGCAGGCGGACGGCGAGCUGGCGUUGGCUGUGUACGAACAGUUCUACGUGCAUAGUGACAUCAACCCCACCCCAGAGAUGACGUUGUUAUUCAUACAGGCUUGUACAACGUGCGAGGCGCCGACAAUUCAGAUGUACGCCGGCUGCGAGGCGAUGGUACAGCGACUUGAAGGGGUGGGCAGCAUCGUUGACAACAUUCUGCCCAUUUACGACCAGUGCAUCGAGUUGGCAGCGCACGUUGGUGCCGUGAGCAGCGCGUACAGCAGGGUGAAGAAACUUGUCAGCUAUGGCAAGCCGCUUACGACGCGCAUUCUCAACUCGUUGCUGCUCGCCAAUGCACAGUCGACGGAGGGUUCUCUGAGCAUGACCUUCGACGUUACUCGGUUGUACUCCUUGUUGGGCAUCCCCUUCAAUGAUGAUACGUUGACGUGUCUGCGCAUGUGCCAGGAUGCUCAUGGCACCUCCGCUGAGGUGGACUCGUUUGCUGCCGCUAUCGAAGCUGCGCAGGCCGCCGCGCCGUCCGGGACGCUCGGCGAGGACGCCGAGACGGAGAUUGUCGACACGCCGCCUCAUCUCCUUCGUCAAUUGAAGACGGUGUGGCACCUGCGACCGCGUGACACGAUGUUGCGUCGCUUCGGCCAGCACAUAAAGCCGAGGGGUCGUGAGGAUGUGGGCAGCAUGCUGGGCAGCACCAUUCCCUUUGGCCGGUCACCAGGCGAGCGAGCGGUCUAG